AUGGCGUCUAACUCUGUAAAUUAUCAGAGUUUACAGUGCACCGAUCUGAAGAAUAUAUUGAAAUCGAAAGGUAUUCCGUUUUCUAAUAGAAAUAAGCAAGACUUGGUUGAUUUAUGCGAGGGAGCAGAGGCGUUAAAUUUGCCACAUAUCGGUCAUUAUGAUGGUGAUAUACAGGCCUCCAUUAGCAGACGAACGGUUCGUGGAAAAACAUAUCCACACCCAUAUCAUGAUGGUAGCAUCGCUUGGACUCCGAAUCUUGCCAUUAUUCCCUCUAUAGAUGCCUUUGACGUGUCAUCUUUUCUUCAAAACUACUGUGGGUGGUCUGAAGAACGCUUACGGAACAGGAAAUCCGACAGUGGAUAUAAGCUUCAUUGCUCUGGUCACAUUUAUGAUGUCGUCAUGGCUCUGUUAGGUGAUGAUAUGUGUUUUAUCAAGGGAAAGUGUGUUCCUGAAACACGGCAGUCCAGUGAUCCCUAUAUCCCGUGGAUUCUGGUUGAAAAGUCUGGACACAUAUUUUCAGCAGAAUGCACAUGUGUUGCAGGGGAUGGGUCCUGCAAACAUGUUGUCGCCCUACUAUUUGGCAUUAUUGAUCACGUCACAUCCAUAGAAGACCGAAGUACCAUUGGAGUCACAGAUACUGCAGCAUAUUGGAAUAAACCAAGAAAAGUAUGCAGGCCAGUGGCUGUUCAUGACUUAGAUAUCAGGAUUGACACGAAUGAACCAGAUAGACCACGACCGUCGGAAGAUUCUGGAUAUUUGCCACUUAAGUCAUCAGCAUUGGAUUUAAAGUCUUUGGAGAAGAAUAUUGUUCAAGUUCUCAAAAAGAGCAAUACACUAGCAGUGGCCUUGUAUACAUUGUCAGAUUCUGAUGAUGACAAUGAUGUGUCUAUGGGUAUUGAGGACACACCUAAAAAUAUUAUUGAUUUAAUGUCAAUGCAUGGUCAAGAAAAUUUGAAAGUAGAUGAUUCUUAUGUUAAAAAAGUAAAUGAAUUCACUAAAGGGCAAUCCAUCAACCUUAUGUGGCAGUACCAGAGAAAAGGUAGACUGACUGCUUCAAACUUCUUCAAUGCCUUUCACUACAGAGGUGAUAAAGCGGACAACUACAUUGUAAGAAGUAUUAUGGGUCAGUAUCAUUUCACCUCAAAAUCAGUCGAAUACGGAAAACGAAAUGAAUCUGUCGCUCGAGAGAGAUAUGUUGAUCACAUGACAAGUUGUCACCCUUCAUUCAAGUGUGCAGAGACUGGAAUCUAUGUUUACAAAGAUUUCCCUUUCUUCGCUGCAUCCCCUGAUGGCAUUUCUGAAUGCAAGUGUUGUGGAAAAGGACUUGUUGAAAUUAAGUGUCCUUACAGUUCAAGAAAUGAAACAUCUCAGGUUGCUAUGUCAAAAAAUUCAUCAUGUGCAAUUGUCAAUGGAAAUUAUGAAUUGAAAAAGAGUCUGUCCUCCCCAUUUUAUGUCCAAAUGCUUGGUCAAAUGGCAGUAUGCAAGUUUUCACAUUGUGAUUUUGUUUUGUUUACUCAAAAAGAUAUCUAUGUAGAGAGAAUUCAUUUCUCAAAAGCAGAUUGGGAAUUGUUAUCUGAAAAGCUUAAAAGUUUUUAUAUGCAGUACGUUUUGCCAAACUUAGUUUGA